AUGCCGCUCAAGAUCCAUGGUUUAGAUUCGCCAGAACAACACCAUGGUUACACAUCCAACUCUUCAGAUGUUCUCAAGGAGAGGGCGGAGUCUGAUCGCACAGGACAACUAUUGAUUUACUCUCUGGAAAAUACCCGCAGCCCUAUGAAAGUUACUUACACUGCCCUGUAUGAGGAGGCAAAGAAAAUCAGCUGCAUUAUCAAAUCUCUCGAACAGUUCAAGGCUGGGCAUCCAAUACUGUUGCAUUUUGACGACCAUUGGGAUGUGAUUUUAUGGUUCUGGUCCGUUUUGCUUGCAGGCGGCUUACCAGUACUCUCAUACCCCUUCAGCAACAUCGAGGACGAUCGCCAUAAGCAUGAUUUACAUCUGCACCCCAUCGAAAGUCUACUCGAGGAAUCAAGAAUAAGAAGUACUAAGCGCAACUUGGGCGAGAGCAAAAGCGGCCAAGUGCACAACGCCCAGAAUGGUAAUCAUACAGCAUGCGACACGAAGUGUAACAAAACGAAUAAUACAGAAGAUAGGGAAGACGGUGGGGGUCUUCUGAUGCUUAUGUUGACAUCUGGUAGCACGGGAAACACGAAAGCCGUCUCGUUCACGCACAAGCAGGCCCUGGCUGCGAUUUCCGGCAAGGCUGCGGUGCGCGUCCUCCCCCGAGACCGGCCCUUUCUGAGUUGGAUAGGCCUAGACCACGUAGCUGGCCUACUUGAAAUGCACCUUCAGCCACUAUGGCUUGGUGUCGACCAGAUCCAUGUGAAUGCUGCCGAUGUUGUGCCAUCUCCUGGUAUCUUCUUGGAUUUGCUCAGCCAACACCGUGUGUCUCGCACGUUUGCUCCGAACUUCUUCCUUGCGAAGCUAGUCUCCGCCGUUGGUUCACCUGAAAGUGAUCCCGGAUGGGAUCUUUCGUGCCUAGUUUGCGUAGCAUCUGGUGGUGAGGCAAACGACAUAAAAACCUGCCUGGCAGCAUCUGCCUUGUUCUCGAUGUAUGGAGCGCCACGUAAUCUGUUAACUCCUGGCUUCGGAAUGACGGAGACGUGUGCUGGGGCUAUUUCAAUAUCAACUGCCCUGAAAAUGCGUAUUACUACGCCUCAAGGGGGCCUGGCUGCGCUCAACGAGCCCGGUGACCUUGAAGUUCGUGGCCCGGUCGUUUUCAAAAAGUAUUAUCGCAAUCCAACUGCUACAAGCGAGGCUUUCAUCUCUGAUAAUUGGUUCCGAACUGGGGACCGGGGAGUCAUCGAUUCGAAUGGCUAUCUUCGUCUCGUGGGCCGCGCUAAAGACGUCAUCAAUAUCAACGGCGGCGAUCGCGCGGCACGGCUAGUCGUUUUUGCGUCUACGGCCUCGCACACAGAGCAGGUGACGGUUGCAUAUAUCCCUCACGUCUUCCCGCCGCGGGACGAGGAAAUGGCUGGCAUUACCCGUCUGGUGACGCAGGCAUGUCUUAUGCGCACAUCAACCCAUCCAUUGGUGUUCGCCCUCCGAGAACAGUCGCUCCCGCUUCUUCUAAUGUCCACUCUGGGAAAAAUAUCGCGGCUGAAAAUGGCGCGCUUAUUCGAGAAGGGUGAAUUUGCCGUCGAUCUCAAGCUUCAUGAACAUGCAAUUCUACGCGCAUCCAAAGCAGCAGAACAAGGGCGCAAGAAUGGACCGAAACUGAUGAGCGAGUCGGAAGCCCGUCUACUUGAACAUGUCGCCGAGACCCUUGGCCUAGCCACAGAAAUCCUUGAAAUCGAUAUUGAAACAUCUCUAUUCGAUAUCGGAUACACUUCCAUGCAUAUUAUCAAGCUCAAGUACUACAUCGAGAGAGGUCUAGGAAUCGAUGUUUCUGUCAUUAACAUCAUGAAGAACCAUACCAUCCGGGCGCUGGCCGCUUAUCUCGACGCUCAACUGCAGCAUUCCAAGGCGGGCUCCCGCCAGCAAGCACCCUCCAUUGAUAGCUACGACCCCGUCGUAGUCUUCCGCGCCAAGGGUUCCAAGACCCCACUCUGGCUAAUCCAUCCCGGCGUUGGCGAGGUUUUGGUCUUCGUCGGACUUGCCCAAUGCCUCGCUGUGGACGACCGGCCCGUGUUCGCGUUGCGCGCAGCCGGCUUCGAGUCCGACCACCAGCGCUUCCGUAGCAUCAAGCAGGCCGUCGAUGUUUAUAUAGCGGCGAUCCGGCGACGCCAGCCGCAUGGGCCCUACGCGCUAGCAGGCUACAGCUAUGGCACGAUGUUAGCGUUCGAAGCGGCAAAGCGGCUGGGCGCCGACGGCGAGGAGGUGCGCUUCCUCGGCUCAUUCAACCUCCCGCCGCACAUUAAACACCGGCUCGUGACUGAGGACGUUUCGGGCAGCCUUGAGACAGAUCCGGCCUUCCGCGCAGUGGCGCGCGAUGAGGCUAUAAGGUGGGUUUUGGAUAUAGGCCACCAGUUGCGCUGGAAGGAGCUGGCAUUGGAUACCUCAGAUGCCCUAGCACGCUGGGUGGAUGUGUCGUUUGGGAUCCAGCAAAUGUCGAGCGACUACGAUCCAUCUGGCCAGGUGAAUACUAUUGACGUUUUCUACGCCAUACCAUUGAAAGCGGUGGCCAAGACCCGAGAGAUUUGGCUACGUGAGCAUCUGAGCCGUUGGAGUGAUUUCGCGCGUGAACCACCAAGGUUCCACGCCGUGGGAGGCGAGCAUUAUACCAUGAUCGGACCUGAUCACGUUGCAAGAUUUUCGAAGAUUUUAGUGGAGGCCAUGAAGGCCAGGGGAGUAUAGGAAAAUAAGCUGGUAAGUUUCUUCUGUAAAAAAGCGAUAAAACAAACACCGAGAUGUCCCAAAGAAUUAGCC